AUGCGCUUCCUCUGCCUCCACGGAAUCGGGAGCAACUCCCGCAUCCUGCAACAGCAAACAGCAGCCAUCAGAUACGAACUGGGCAGCGCCCACACCUACGACUUCGUCGAGGGCACGAUCCCAUGGGACGCCGACCCAAAGCUCAAAGGCACCAUGCUCGACGGCGAAAAGACGUUUACGUAUCUUGAGCCCUCGAGCGCCGAGUCGUGUCUACGGGCCACAGAGCUCCUUGAGCAGUACGUGGCUGCGGAGGGGCCGUACGAUGGGGUUAUCGGGUUCAGCUUGGGGUCCAUCCUAGCACUCUCAUGGAUGAUCCAGCAGCGGCAAGAGAAGGGCAUUGAGGGUUCACCUUUCAAAGUGGCAAUCUUUUUCUCCAGCAUCUUCCCGCUCCGCGACAUGGAUGCUUUGCGGCAGGGUCGCGUGGUCACUCUGGCUAGCAUUCCCGAAGAGUGCCUUGAUCUGCCUACCGCGCAUAUCUGGGGGGCGGAGGAUGAGGGCCAGGAGCACGCGGAGAAUACCUAUCGCGCGUGCAAGGCCAGCACGAGAUCGGUGUAUGUGCAUGGCAGGGGGCAUGAGAUCUCGACGGCACCUGACGACUUGAUCAGCAUGGUCAAGGUGAUUAACCGGGCCAUUGGACAGUUCGCGAUCUCCUGCGAUUCUGCGAAUGAGGCAGACCCAUUUUUGAGUGCACAUUACCGUACAGUAACCCACACUUCUGACAUCGUUUCUGGUAUCCAUCACUCUGGAACGACAACAGAGAUUAGCCAGAGUAUGUGCUGCGCCAUGCAUGGGUCUCAAGCCAAGGAGUCGGACAGAACGCCUAAAGUUGAGGUGGCUGGCCUCCAACCUUGGGUGACGGGUCGCGGCUCAGCUGAAGGAUCCCUGCAGGACACCUACCCCAAAUACACCCCGUGGCCUGUAUUGAUUGUUACCCACUGGCUGACGCCCCAUAGCGCUAACGGCCACUAG